AUGGCGGACAACGAUGAUUUCGAAAUUAUUGACGAUGUAGGCUUAUCAAAUGAGCAGAUAUUCGAGUUUAUUGAUGUGAAUGAUUCUACUAGCGCAACUAUUAAUCAUAAUCAACCUCAAACGCCUGAACCUGUGUUACCCUUACUUAUCCCCAAACCUUUAACUAAUGAAGUUCCUCAACUUACACAAGAGCAACAACCACGGCCUUUACUUCGACCUGCUCCUCCACCUAUCAUCAUUCCGUCAAUGCCGCAAGUACCAAUUCAAACGACGACUAUUUCAGCACCAUUUGUAGUGCAGACAAAAACGACGAUUUCAUUUCCCCCACCACAAAUGAUUCCUUCUGUGCCAUCGCUACCAAAAGCUCCAUUUGCACAACGCUAUGGAGAUGCUGCUGAAAUUCCUCAUGACGAGAAUGGAAUAUCGGAAAUCGACGCUGCUAUUAAUAGAUCAAAAACAAUUCAGCAAACGAUUUUACACAUGAGCAGCCAGCAACAACAAGAUAUCCAAACAAUAUUGGAACAACGUCGACAUUUAUUUAGCACAAAAUAA